UGCAGAGCAAAUAGCAAAUUAACCCAAAUAUUGAAGGUGAUUCAAACCCGGCAAAUUUCUCAUCUAGCGGCAGCAUGGCUACUAUUAUUGGCGGCAUCGAGAUACUCUUCAAAGAAGCAAACCGCGACUUCACCAAGCGCUGGCACCAAUUUAGUCCGUCCAAGGAAGUGCUUCCCAAGGGAUGGCAGAAAGCCGAAGGACGACGCGCAUUAGACGAAGACUUAAUCUUUGAGAGAGAUAUUCGGAUUUCUCUCCGAGACGGCACUGCGAUCUGGGCGGAUGUGUUUCGGCCAGUGGUGUCAGAUAAUCAGCCUGUCCCUGCCAUAUUAGCAUGGAGUCCAUAUGGAAAGCAAGGCAAUGGUUUUCAGAGCCUUGAUAGGGUCCCCUGGCGGGCGGGUAUACCCAGAGAUUGGACCAGUGAUCUCGAAAAGUUUGAGGCUUUGGAUCCGGCUGAAUGGUGUCCUCGAGGUUAUGCGAUUGUCAAUGUGGAUUCUCGGGGCGUAUUCGAUUCGGAUGGAGACAUGUUCAUGUUAGGGACACAAGAGGGCCGAGACGGCUAUGAUGCCGUCGAAUUCAUUGCUUUACAGUCGUGGUGUAAUGGAGCUGUUGCUUUUGCUGGUAACUCAUACCUUGCUGCGGCACAGUGGUUUAUUGCUGCUGAAAGACCACCUCAUUUGAAAGCCAUUGCUCCCUGGGAGGGUAUUGCAGACUAUUAUCGUGAACUACUUGGCAGAGGUGGCAUUCCGAACGAUGCCUUUGUUGACUAUCGCGGCAGUGGUUACUGUGGAAAGAACCGACAGGAAGACUCAGGUGCCAUGAUCCGUCAAUAUCCACUUUGGAAUCAGUUCUGGGACGACAAAAGUGCCAAGUUCGCUCAGAUCGACGUCCCGAUUUAUGCUUUGUCGAGCUUCUCGACUAUGCUACACACCGAGGGCACGAUCAGAGGGUUUCUGUUCUCGUCAUCAAAAGACAAGUGGCUACGGAUCCACCAUACUCAGGAAUGGUACGAUUUAUAUCAAAAAUGGUCAAACGAUGACCUGCAAAAAUUCUUCGAUCGAUAUCUUUACGGAAAGCCUAAUGAUUGGGAAUCGACGCCUAAAGUGCGACAUAGCUUACUCGGAUUUAACCGCGAGUGUAUUGUGAACAGGCCUGAGCCUAUAUACCCGCCGAGCUACGUGAAACACCGCACAUUCUUCUUGGAUGGCCAAACUGGGACGAUGAAUGAAGGCGGUGCUCCUGGGAAAUCUUCUUCAAUUAGCUACGUAUCCGACUCCUGGGAUGACGACGGCGCGCACUUCACCCACAUAUUUAGUAGCUAUACCGAGCUGAUUGGCUAUUCCCAAGUCAAAUUAUACAUGUCCUGUGCUGAAACAGAUGACUUGGACGUGUACGUUAUUUGUCGAAAACUCGAUGCAUCCGGCCAGCCGUUGAUGCAGAUGAACAUCCCGCUUGAAGCGCUCCCGGAGGGAACAACGGUCGAAGAUGUCCCAAAUCUGAACAUAUUCAAAUACUUAGGCCCUAAUGGCAGGCUUAGAGCUUCUCAUCGGGAAUUAAGCACUGACCCUACUCUGAGUAAGGAGCAGACUGCGAUGCUUGCUCCUGCUGUAGCGUGGCAUCCUCACAACAGGGAGGACAAGAUUCCGCGGGGCCAGAUUGUUUGCCUCGAUAUUCCACUGUGGCCCUCUGGAAUUAUUUUUGAACGUGGGGAGUCUAUUAGGUUGGAGAUCAAAGGUCAUGAGGUGACUCUGCCGGAGUUCCCUACAUUGGAUCGUGUCCCGGGAAAUUUAAAUCGUGGCAAACAUGUCGUGCAUACCGGACCUAAUCAUCCUUCCUCGAUCGUACUAUCCUUGGCCUCUAGAAAUUCCACGGUGUAA